CGAUGAUGUUCAUGAUGUGAAAUGCAAUGCCUUGUAGACAUGCAGCACGUGGUAGAGCUCCAAAGAGCGGGCAAGUAUGGAUUGGAGCAACAGCAAACGUCAGGGCUCAGCACGGAUCUUCGGAAGCGGCCAACUGACAGCCUGUUCACUGCGAACUCUCACCUCUCAACAACCAUCACAACACCAUCCAACCUCAUAUCGCCGUCUAUCCGCAGCAGUGAAUCGAGCGAAUAGCUGACACCGCCGUCCACCGAAACAUCCGCCAAAACGAGCGACUACAACAUCGGCAGAAGCCUGCGCGCGAAUCGGCCCUCUUCACCGUCCACCAUGGCCGACGCAGCAGCAGGCGCACCCAAGCCCAGCAGCAGCGUCAAACUUGUGCUGCUGGGCGAAGCCGCAGUAGGAAAGAGUUCCCUCGUCCUCCGCUUCGUCUCCAACGACUUCCAACCCAACAAAGAGCCCACCAUCGGCGCCGCCUUCCUAACACAAAAAUGCCAACUCCCCUCCCGAACCAUCAAAUUCGAAAUCUGGGACACAGCAGGCCAAGAACGCUUCGCCAGCCUCGCCCCAAUGUACUACCGCAACGCCCAAUCCGCGCUCGUCGUCUACGAUAUCACAAAACCCAGUAGUCUCGUCAAAGCCAAACACUGGGUCGCCGAACUUCAACGUCAAGCUUCACCGGGGAUCGUCAUCGCUUUAGUCGGUAAUAAACUCGAUUUAUGCGAAGAUGAUGCGCCUGAGGGGGAGCAAUCUGGAGAAGGAGGGGAAAGUGGUGCGGAAGAUGAGGAGGGUUCGGGGAGUGUGAGGAAAGUUAGCAGUAAAGAGGCGAAGGCAUAUGCAGACGAAGAGGGUCUGCUAUUCUUUGAGACGAGUGCUAAAACAGGCCACAAUGUGAGUGAGGUGUUUACUGCUAUUGCCAAUGCGAUUCCAGAAACGAGCUUGAAGGGUCCAAGGGCGGGCGCUGGUGCGGGAACACAAGCUGCCAUGGGUGGGACGCAGAAUGCCAAUAGUGUUAAUUUGAACUCGCGCGAGGAAGCGGGGACGAAGGAGGGUUGUGUGUGCUAGAGGAAGACGAGAGGCGCGAAAAUUGUGCGUGCUAGAGGAAGAUAUGCAAGGGGGGAAAGAGAGAUAUUGUAGACUCCGAGAUACACUGAUACGCACGUUGAAUGAAGUGGGCGAGCAUGACCAUGGCGUUGAAUCAAGUGGCAGAGUGCGGUUAUUAGCAUGUUGAAUAUCACAAUAAGAGAGAGCUUGCCGUUAGGCUGCGAUUAUGUCUAUCUAUGUAAGAGCGCAGCGAGAUGAUGCCCCGUUCCCAAGCGUAUAUGUGCCUCGAAUUGCCCAGUACUAGCAGA